AUGCCGUUUUCCGUCAUGUUAUCGUGGCUACGCAAAACGUACACUUACCUCGCCAAUUUGCAAUGGACCGAGAGGGUCCAGCACGACUGCGUCUUUUGCGACCGUGCCAACUUUGCCAGCAUCGUCUACGAGGACGAAGAGAUUAUUGCCGUUGACAAUAUUUACCCCGCAGGGCAACAUCACUGGCUUAUCCUGCCAAAGCGGCACAUUCUCCGCGAUAUCGAGGGCUUGAAAAGACAGCACCUUUCACUCUUGCAAGCGAUGGAUCGCGUCAAGAAGCAGUUACUAGGGCAGAUUACACUUGGCGCGUCGCACCCCGCCGCCGUCGUUGUCCACGCCGGAUAUCAUCGAGGGCGGCGACGACUUGUGGGCGUGGUCUUCUGGCCCGACAUUGUGUCAGUCCACCAUCUUCAUUUGCACGUUAUUGUCCAGCCGUAUCCGUGGCUGUGCUUUUUCAAGUACCCGGGUUGGCUCCCGCUCAUGUGGAAAUCAGAUACGACGGUCUUGCAAGAGGUGCAGACAUCAUCCUAG